AUGAUGUUCCCCAAGUUUUGGGCUAAAUCCGAUAUCGAUUGGUCCAUGAAAUUGGACAAUUCAGGUUCGUACGAAGUUCGUUCUGAAAUGGUGUGUUUGGUGUAUUGCAUAGUUUUGGCAUUGGAUUUCACUCAAACCACCCCAAAUGACUCCUCCCACAACAUUGUGAUGUUCCCCAAGUUUUGGACUCAAUCCGAUAUCGUUUGGUUCAUGAAAUCGAACAAUUCAGGUUCGUACGAAAUUCGUUCUGAAAAGGAGUGGUUGGCGUAUUGCAUAUAG